AUGUUGGCUCGUUCACUAUCUUUGGGCUGCGCUGAUACGAUCUUGUAUGCUAGUCGUGCUGCAUUGUCAACGUCAAAGCCGACUGGAAAAAGAGUCAAGACCUUCGAAAUCUACCGCUGGAAUCCCGACACGCCAGGAACCAAGCCGCAGCUGAAGAAAUACGAUGUUGACUUGGAUGAUUGCGGUUCAAUGGUCUUGGAUGCCCUCAUAAAGAUCAAGGAAGAGCAGGAUCCCACUUUGACCUUCAGAAGGAGUUGCCGCGAAGGAAUCUGCGGAUCAUGUGCCAUGAACAUCGCUGGAGAAAACACGUUGGCAUGCAUCCAGAAAAUCGACACCGAUACAAGCAAGUCCACUAAAAUUCACCCUCUACCGCACAUGUACGUCAUCAAGGAUCUUGUCCCUGAUUUGACGUUAUUCUUCGAGCAGUACAGAUCUAUCCAGCCAUGGCUACAGAAGAAGACGACCCUUGCUUUGGGUGAAAAGCAAAUGUACCAGAGCAUUAAGGAGCGUGAUAAGCUGGAUGGACUCUACGAAUGCAUCCUGUGUGCAUGCUGCUCAGCAUCUUGCCCCUCAUACUGGUGGAACGCCGACAAGUACCUUGGACCUUCUGUACUGAUGCAGGCUUACAGAUGGAUCAUCGACUCCCGCGACGACUACGCUAUGGAACGUCUUCAUCGCAUGCAUGACGCCUUUUCUGCGUUCAAAUGCCAUACCAUAAUGAACUGCACGAAGACAUGCCUCUUUUGGCACUUGAAUCCUGCGAAGGCUAUUGGAGAGAUCAAGUCACUGCUGACCGGCAUGAAGACGAAACCAGCACCGGAACCGGCAAAGUUUUAG